AUGUCAGGAGACUCGGGCUCAUACACUUUCCGGACCACUCACAACACUGCGGCAUACAACAGCACUGGGAGGAGACAGAAAGCAGCAUCCGCUCCUAAGCACUAUGUCCAUAAUCCGGGCCCUCGCGAUAGACUGGUAGCACCUGCUGGCCCGAGUCGGCCCCGCGUCCCCAACGCAAGAGUUGCGUGGCAGCCAGCACUCCGUGGAGAAGCAGCACACGACAUAUGGGAACGCGCAAACAACCGGGCUUUGCAACAGUCUGCGCGUGCGAGUUCGCAAGCGGAUGCUGGCGAGCUUCGCGGCGAUACAUCUCAAUCGUCAGCCGUGAUGCUAUCGGCGCCGCCGAUGAACUUCGCCGGCAUGCUUGACGAUCUCGAUGGCCAAACUCGGGUGGAUAGCAUGGGACUGCCACUUCCUGACGAUUACGAGAUCGGUGGUGCCACUGAUGCGAGGACCAGUCUCGGAAAGGUGGACUACAUGCGGCAGUUCCAGGAACGGCAACUAGGGCCGACAUACGCCCAACUAAUCGUCGUAUUUCUUCACGCCCCGCCUGUGGAGCUUCGAUGUUGUAUCUGCAAGAGGCCAAACGUCGCUCGUUGGCGAUGUGGACAAUGCUCCGUGAAGAGAGACUUCUGCUGCGCGUGCCUUCGGCAGGCUCAUUGGAACAAUCCGUUCCACAUGAUUGGGUUUUGGACGGGGAAGCAUUAUCGCAAGGCUUGGUUGCGCGACGCAGGAGUGGCUAUACAGCUCUGUCCGAACGCAGCCUUGGGGGAAGGCUGCCCAAGCGUCACUUGUCGAGGGGAUUUUGCAGCUGCGGACAGUACAGUCCCUCCUUCGUACGGGAGCUUCACAUCGUAUCCCCAGGCGGCUCCUGCGGCGCCGGCUGCAGAUGAGCCUUUGACAUCAGUCAUGAAUCCGGACUCGACUAUUCAUCUUCCUCCUGACUUCGAGGAUCUAGACCAGGGCGAAGAAGAGGAUGUAGAUUUCACCGGGAUGCCUAUGGAGGACGACGGAUAUCAACCUAUCGGUGAAGACGAUGGGUACUCUGGAGAUAGCGCCGACGACGUUCUCGGCGUUGCGCGAGAUGGAGGCAGAUCCUCGAUCCCGACGAAGGACCUGUACGGCUUUCGUACGCUCGUCAUCGUUCACACAGACGGCCUACACGGCAUCGGGGUUGGCUUUUGUAGAUGUGACGGGGCCCCCUCCGAGGACCAACAACUCUUGAAGUAUGGAGGCUUGUUCCCGGCUUCUCCAGAUCGCCCGUCGACUGCAUUUACUGUGCAGUUCUUGGAGUAUCGUCACAUUGAUGAUGUUGUUUGCAAGACAACUCCUCAAGCUCACAUGCGCAAGAUACGCCGAGUCACUGAGUCUCAGGAGUUUCGGCUCGCACCAAAUCGGUAUCCUGAGAUGCUUCUGGUGUCACGCCAAUACACCGCCAUCAAGAACCUGAUAGACUUCGGGUAUGCCUCGCAGCUCCAGGCAAAUUGGAAGCACCCCCCCGCGGGCGGUCUGGUCUGGAAAUGCAUUGUCUGCCCACGGAAGUCACGAGAUUUCAAUAAUCUACCCAAGGCAUGGGAGGCAGACCCUGACGAAUGGCGCAAGUUUGUCUCCCUUUGUUAUGAUGGCAACUUUAGCGGCGACCACACCAUAUCUCGCAAUCCAGGCAACAACGUGCCCAUCUAUCCCGGGACCGGCAUGUUCGAUCAUCCUGACCUGGUGAAGGCGCAUUCUAUGAGAGCUGUUGACGACCAGGAUCUUCGGCGAAUAUAUCCAAAUUUGGACGAGUCCACCGUGCCUUGCAAUAGACACAAAGCCGCAUCGACUGCAGGCAAAGUCAGAAGUAAGGUCGUGGACAUCAAGGGAAUCGGCUCUUGGGCCUGUUCCCGCCACGGUUGUUUCUGCGCUUGCGGCACGAAUAAUUUUACUUUGGGAGAGAGCAUGGACCCAGUUGACAAAAGCUUGGACUCGGCGUUCCACCAGUCAAUCACCAGCCAAAUCACUAGAGCCCAACUGCUGUAUGACAUCUGGUGCAGGUACGGCGUUCACCUCCAAAAGCGGUUCAAACAUAGUGGACUUCAGUGGCCCAAGUUCCGCAAAUUGUUACAGGGCGUGGGCGUUUGGCACCUCUACGGUCAUGUCUUCGAGUGUCAUCUUCGCUUUUCGCCAUCCUAUAGCCCACGGUCUGGAAUCGUCGACGGCGAAAUUCUCGAAACACUGUGGUCCCUGUUGAACGCUAUCCUGCAGUCGUGUCGGGGGAUGUCUUUGGCCGCUAGGGAAGAAAAGAUUAACAUGCACAUGAACGAUAUCAACUACAGGAAAAUCACCGGCAUGGGCUCGUUAGUGCGGAAAUACCGCAAGUACAGCUCUGAGCUCAUCACACGUCGCCGGCAUCUUUUACGACUCGAGCUUUCCUGCGAUGAAGAGGAUAUAGUUAGAUGGGAGCAAGCACGCAGACAUCUCGAGGAGGAGCGCGUGAAGGAUCCGUACUACGCGGAUAUCUUUUGGGACACUCCUGCCCCUCAUUCAAGAAAGGAGGCGACCGAGGUACGCUUGCUGGAAGGCGAUCACAGCGAUAUUGUGGCAGCAAUCAUGACAUCCCUGAAGCUGGAGCAAGAUGGUCUGCGUAUGCAGGCCCAGGGACCUAGUUGGGGCGAAUCGCUUUCCGAUCGUCGGACUGCUGCGAUAGCAAGAACCAGGUUCAACAAUCGCCGGAUCAGCGCCAAUCACCAUCUUGUUGAAGUUCUAGGCACGGCAGCUGCUGACGAAGACCAGAUGCUGUCUGGCUGCCUCGCCAAGCUCCUAGAUGAAGAUGAGUGGGGCGCAGAGCCCUCAGGGAGGCACGAUUACAACCUUCGCGUCAAGGCUGAAUUUCGUGUCGUCGACUUGCCAUCGGGUAGGCCACAUAACCGCCGCCUGAAGGCAGAGAUGACGCGUAGCGAGAAGCAGGCCAUGGACAUCGAGCUCGACCUUCGCAUGGGUGAUAUGAUUGAUCGCUUACAAGCCAUCAGAGAGGGCCUAUGCGAUCAAGCACAAGGAUAUCGCUUGGAGAUUCGUAAGAAGAAGGGCAAAGGCAAGACAAACUACAGGGAUCGCACGAGUGCAUGGAUCCACGUGCGCCAGCAGACAAAGGAUGUUUGA